AUGAAUCUUGCAGUCCCAUUGAUGCUACUGAUAACAUCCGCCGCAGUCGCAUCUAUGCAUAGACCACUUUGUCCAUCUGCUUGUCAAUGUUCAUCACAGUACUACGUGUAUUGUCAAGAUAUGGAAAUCACCGACCUCCAGCUAGCUGAGAUCAUUUCAGGAGUUUCCUCAUCAGCAGUUUUACUAGACCUCAGCUCCAAUCACAUCACUCGAAUACAGGAAAACACCUUCACUUCACUUCCAAAUUUAGAAUAUCUAUAUUUAUCAGCCAAUAGCAUCACAGAACUUUCCAACAAUGCUUUUCUGGGACUUCCCAAACUAAGGGAGCUGACUCUAAAUGAUAAUGGACUAGAUGUUGUUAAUUCCAGAUGCUUCAGUGAGUUGUCUCAACUUAAAGAUUUAAAUAUGGAGAACAAUUUAAUUAAAAGUCUACCAGAGGGACUAUUUAGGAACCUGGCAUCUCUGCAAAAUCUACAGCUUCAAAAAAACCACAUGACAGCCUUGCAACCAAAUCAGUUUUCGGGAUUAACAAAUUUACGAUUACUGAAUUUGAGCCAUAAUUCGUUAACAUCAAUUGCUGGGUCUGUGUUCAGUGGAUUAAGAUCUGUUAUCCACUUAUCACUUAUGAAUAAUAAUUUGAAUCUAAUACUGGAUAAGAACAAUAUUUCUGAUCUUGUAUUUAUGCACGGGAAUGAUUUUUAUCUUUCUCUUAAUUUCGUGUCAAUAGCAGACAAUAAUAUAGAGUAUGUCCCAUCUCAUGUGUUUCCGCACAACGCCAACAUCAAACAUAUUGAUUUAAGUGGAAAUCGAAUUCGUCGGAUUGGAGGUCACGCGUUCAACAGCUUGCAUUUAGAAUCUGUAAAUCUUCAGAAAAACAAUAUAUCUGAAGUCAACAAAGAUAUUUUCAAAGAUGCAAGAAGAAUAUUACAUUUAAAUUUAAGGCAUAAUAAAAUUCAAAACAUUUUCACAGGCGCGUUUGAUAGUAUAAGGGACAACAUUAUCAACGUUGACCUGCAGUUCAAUCAGUUAUCAUACUUACAUCCUGGUAUGUUUCGUGGCAUGCGUAGGUUAAGGACGCUCAAUCUGGCAGCUAACGGAAUUUUUCUGAUAUUAAUUCUGUUAAAUUUAUCUAUGAAUUUAUUUAUUGUGUUAAGUUCUGAGACGAUUUCUGGUCCCGCUGCUCUUCGAAGAUUACUCAUCGUCUGCAACCCUUUGCAGAAACUUGUGGGGUUUUCAUAUGAAGAUGUUAAUGAUAGGAUAUUUAUAGAAUCGAACAGUACAAUGAUUAGUUCCACACCAACGUCCGUCCUCAUCACAUGGCCUUACAAAGAAGGGACACAACUGUACUGGACUCUGUCAGUUAAUUGUGUUAAUCAGGUGGCUUGUGAGGUCCCGCAUUAUGAAUCCACCCUGCGACCUUAUAUCUCACAGGUCAUAGUCGCGGGGUUGCGACCGGGAGCUGAGUACUUCAUCUGUGUGACCCCAGUGUUCUUGUCAUCAGAGGUCAACAUCUCCCAGUGUGCUCACGUGAGGACACAACUGGAUUCUCUCAAUGAUGUUAGACAUUCGACAGAUCCUGAUGCCCAGACAAAUGAUCCAGUCAACAAUUCCUCUUCGAUAUUCGAUAUUAUUGCUUUGUAUUUUCUUGUUGUUAUAGCUCAUGGUAUCAUGCAUAGUUACUAA